ACAGUACCAGGGGCGGACUGACCAUUUGGAAACUCGGCCACUGCCCGAGCGCCCGGGGUCAGUAGGGGGCCCCAUGAGAUGCCCCUGGUACCUUUUUCAUAGGCUUUUUUGCGUUUGGGCAAGGACACAGGGGCCCCAUGAUCCCCUAUUGCCCGGGGGCCCCAUGAGUUGUCAGUCCGCCCCUGCACAGUACAAUAAAAUGGUGGCUGGUUGACUGUGAUCUACCCAUCAAUGAUGGCUAUCUGGCACAGAGACUGCAACCCCGCCUGUCACCUCUCACAUUAGAGCGGCAAUC